UAAAUCGCAAACAUAGUUUAUUUUUGCAGAUUCUAGACAUCACAUUGUGCCAUGAUAUGUACUGAGGUAUGCACAAACAAUAUUCCGAUCCGCCAGCCUUGCACUUGUUGUUUAUUUGAUCAGGCCACGAAGCCUACAGUUAUCACCAGAAUGAGUGGGAAUGAAUUUGAAGUUGAUGGAAAUAAGAAAUUUAAAAGUUUAAAUGAAAGAAUUCCUGCUGACCUUUGCGGUUUGGAUUUCACAUUCCAUACAUUCAAUAAGAUGUAUAUCCAGGACAUUAUCAAUUUGGAAGCUUGUAAUGUUAUUCCAGGAAUGUAUUGGUAUAAAAAGCACCCAAUUUAUAAAGUGGACAUCAUUGGAAUUGUAGUAAAAAGACAAGAAAAUGUAAAGUGUUUUGUUUACGGAGUUGAUGAUGGUACUGGUGUCAUCACUUGCUGCUGUUGGAAAAACAGAAUGAAAAAUCAAAGUCCAGAAGAAAUGGAACACUUGAUAAAGGGAGGUAGCAAGCUACCAAAAGUGUUGAAAGAGAAGGUUUCAGCCAUUAUGAUGUCUCAAAGUAAAAUGAAUGAGGGUUACUCUCUGGGAGACUUGGUCCACAUCCGGGGUAAAAUUAGAAUUUUCAGGGAGGUGCGAGAAGUUAUGGCAUCUUAUCACAAUAAACUUGAAGAUCCUAAUAUGGAGCUUGUCAGAAUGGCAGAACUUCCAGGGCUGUACAGGACAUCGUAUGAUGUGGAUACUUUACCAAAGAAAGUCCUGGAAGAGAUCACAGAAAUGUCUCAAGGCAACAAUGUAAAAAGAUGUCAGAGAGAGGUUGUACCUGAAUUAAAAAGACUUCUGUUGACUUACUUGGAGGAGCAUCAACCUGAUGAAAUAAAUAUAAAGUACAUAAGUAGCCUUCCUCAAGUGACUGAAUUGUUGGAAAAGGACGGUUUAUCUAUAGAAAGAGAAACUGCGUUGCAGAAAGCGCUAGGUAACUUGGAAGAAGAAGGAUGGAUAUUUACAAAGGAGAACCACUUAGUAUACGAGGUAAUUAAACCUGACUGUCCAUUGGAAAAUCUUAUAAUGGAUAUUCUUAAGAGGGACUGUGUGAAAGAAAAGUAUCAGGAUGAAGGGUGCCAAUUUAUGCAUAUCGUGAAGGAAGUUCGUAACACCCAGAAAUACAGUGCAGUUCAAAACACUUGUAUCCUAACUUGUCUUAAUAAUCUGGAAUACCGAAGUGAUUUGAUAAGGACAUCUUUCUAUAAAUAUAUUUUGUGUACAGUUUGACCAAGUAAUUUUGAUACCUUUAACUUUUGUGACUAAAUCAUUUUAAGCAUUGAAAAGUUAUGUU